AUGAGCUGGAUCUGGAACGAAAUUGGUCAGUUCUCUCUCGCAAGCGCAGGAAAUCAUCACGUUGUGGCUAUGUUAUCAAGCAACCAGAAAUUUCUCGCCGCGCUAGGAUUGGCUCUUUUAAACACUUCCAUAAUUGCUCACGAGAACCGACUGCACCAAGAAUAG